CUCGCCGACGGAGGACGAUAACAUGGCGGCCUCCUUGCGUUUGGGUCGUCAGGGAAUGUUAUUUGGCCUCAGACUGAAUAAUUUUAAUAAAUGUUUAAGGUCGACACACCAAUGGCAAGACCAAGUCAGACACUUCUUUCAGUCACCAUGGGCACUCGGCGUCAGUCCACUCAAAGUGCAGAUGCCCGCACUCUCUCCUACCAUGGAGGAGGGAAACAUAGUCAAAUGGCUGAAGAAGGAAGGUGAGGCAGUUGCAGCAGGCGAUGCCCUUUGCGAGAUUGAGACUGACAAGGCUGUGGUUACCAUGGAAUCUAAUGAUGACGGCGUCUUGGCGAAGAUAUUGAUGGAAGAGGGUAGUCGCAACGUGCGCCUUGGCACUCUCAUUGCUGUCAUGGUGGAGGAAGGGCAGGACUGGAAACAAGUAGAGAUCCCCUCUUCAGAUGCUGCACCUCCAUCUGAAGCUACACCUGCUACAAAAGCAGUUGCUACCUCGGUUGUGACCUCUUCUGCUCCCUCUCCACCUUCUGCACCAAAACCAGUCGCAUCAGGACAGUUACGUCUGAGCCCAGCAGCACGACACAUUCUGGACACUCAUGGUUUGGAUCCAAAACUGGCCACACCCACAGGCCCUAGAGGAAUAAUCACAAAAGAGGAUGCACUGAAUCUUCUGAAAGCAUCUCCUGCUCCCAAAGCAGUGCCAUCUGUGGUCGCCUCAACUCCUCCAAGUCCCAUCUCUGCUCCAGCAGCCAGUCCUCUACCUCCAGGAAGCAGACCAAACAUACCUCCAUUGUCUGUACCGGGAAAACCAGGAGCACCGGGAACUUUCACUGAGGUUCCAGCUUCAAACGUCCGUCGUGUGAUUGCUCAAAGGCUUACCCAAUCAAAGACCACCAUCCCCCAUUCAUAUGCAUCCAUCGACUGUGACAUGGCUGCUGUCAUGCAACUCCGCAAAGAUCUGGCCAAAGAACAGAUUAAAGUGUCUGUUAAUGACUUCAUCAUCAAGGCAGCAGCUGUUACACUCAGAGAAAUGCCAGAAGUGAAUGUGACGUGGUCUGGUGAUGGAGCCCGUGCACUUGAUUCAGUGCAUAUUUCUAUUGCUGUGGCAACAGACAAAGGUCUCAUUACUCCAAUCAUCAAGGAUGCUGCAAACAAAGGAGUCCAGGAGAUCUCAUCUAAUGCUAAGGCUCUGGCCCAGAAGGCUCGAGAUGGGAAACUGCUUCCUGAGGAAUACCAGGGAGGCUCAUUUAGGUAAAGUCAUUAUUAUAGUC